AUGGAAGUCAACGAGCUCCUUAGGAAAGGACACCUAAGGGAAUUCCUCUCCAACAAGGCCAAAAACCUUAUGUAUAAGAACAACGCCAACUGCUCUUCUGAAGCAGCUCCUGCCUUGCCACCGCGACAGGACAGAGCAAUCCAUGUUAUCUCAGGUGGAUUAGAAAUAUGUGGAAUCAGUCGCGCAGCUGCGAAGAGAAGUACCAGGAACACCAGGAACGGUCAAGAGACUGGAGAACCAAAGUAUCUGCUCCUGGGCACGGACGAAAUCAGUUUCAUCACAAAGGGACAUGAGAGGGUCCUGGCUCCUCAUCACGAUGCCCUGGUCAUAUCACUCACUGUGGCGAAUUGCCUGGUGAAAAGAAUAUUGGUAUACAAUGGGAGCUCCAGCAACAUUAUCUUCCAGUCCGCAUAUGCAGACCUAGGGCUGGAAGAAAGGGCAUUAACAAGGAAAGUGACCCCUCUUAUAGGCUUCAGUGGAGAAGUGAACUAG